AUGGAGCCGGGAACCUGCUUAACUGUACAGCUGUCCUGACCAGCUCUCCACAGCAAUACUUAUAUGCCAAUGCAGUUACUUAUCUGUGAUUGUGUGGCAAAUGUAGCACGCGUAGCUUGUGAGUGUUUUCUGGGGUUGGGAGGUUACGAUAGUAGGGGAAGCUGUCCUUAUGCGACGAUCUCAGGGAACGAAAGGUUAAUUUCACAAUCAAUUUGGAAAGUAACUUAUUACAAAGGCAAAAAUGGAAGGACUUGAAACCAGUUUUCAGGUCCUUCAUCCACAAAGGAGAAAUCCAAAAUGGUACGUUCACAUCGCAGACUUUGCCAACAUGCUGAAGGCUUUCAUUGGCUCCAACUAUCUGUCCAUUGCCUUCGCCUUCCACCAGAGUGGCCUUGUGCCAGGGGUGGUGUGCCUGGUUCUGAUUGCCAUAGUCACUGACCACUGUUGUCACAUGAUCGUCAAGUGCAAGUAUAAGGCGAUCGACGUCGUAGUGGACACACAGUUGCAAGGAGAGCCCGGAAUCACGAACGCUGGGGACAUCGUCAUCGAAAAUGCCUUAAGUGUUGAAAUACGAGAAAAGUUGCUUAGGAAUCUAUCAUAUGGAGAUGUAGGGAAAAUAAUUUAUGGAAAAUGUGGUCUGUACUAUGUAAACUUUUGUUUAUUUAUUACACAGUUUGGAUUUUGUGUAGCUUAUUUCAUAUUUGUUGGCAAUACCAUUCGAGCCAUAUUUCCAUUUCAUAUGUGCAAUUUGAUAAACAGCACGUACGUAUGUGGGGGAAACAGACAAACUUUUAACCACAAUUACAACUUUCCAUCUACACAAGACGCACAGUCAGGGAGAAACAACUCUCUAGCAAGCUCAGGGAGACAUGUUUACGAGGCUGAUCCAGGAGCAGAUUCCCACUCAGUGUUGGAUUUCGUGGAACUGGAUAAGAACACAACAGGCUUGAAUGUCACCAACAUCACUACCAUCUCAACAUCCAUACUCACCUCCACAGCUCCAUCGCUCAUGCUAUUGGUUUUGUUGCCUUUACCAGUUUUCAUUGGAUUUUCCUACGUGAGAAAUGUACGUCAUCUUGGCGCAAUCAGUGUAUGGGCAAACAUCUCAAUUUUACUUGGAGCCAUUGCUGUAAUGAUUUACCUGGUUGCAGAUUUCAGCGUUAGUUCCUCAUUCAGGCUCUACAACUGGGCCGAGUUGCCCAUAUUCUUUGGACUUGUCACCAGCGCCUUUGAAGGAAUCGGCACGAUUAUUCCCAUUGAAUCCAGCAUGGAGGGCAACAGGCACAACUUUGGCGCAUUCCUGCAUGGUGCAGUUGGCUGCCUGUCUUUUGUUCUGUUGGCAUUUGGUAUUUUGGGCUAUCUGAAGUUUGGGGAGUCAACAAACCAGAUGAUCAACACCAACAUCCCUUCCACCAGCUGGGUAGGAAUAGCCGUCAACAUCUGCCUGUGUAUCGGGGUCAUACUCACGUUCCCUCUCCAGAUAUACCCUGUGAUAGAGCUGGCAGAAAUCUACACAUUCGCUGAUGGGAAAUGUUGUGGGCCCAAAAAAGUGACACCUCCUAAAAAUGCUGAUGAUUAUGGCAGCGAGGGUUAUGGCGGUAGUGAGUACACUGACCAGGAUGCACUGCUACCCUCGAGCUCAUCCAGCACAUCCCCCGUCCCAGUAGCGACCGUCAUCUCCAGAGAGGUGUCCACCCUGAAGCGGAAUGUGAUGCGGAUGUUUAUAGUGCUUACAGCUGCUGGCCUGGCUGUCCUCUUCCGAGACAAAUUCGCAUAUAUUGGUGCUUUUACUGGUGCAAUUGGGAGCUCAGCACUGGCCUACAUCCUGCCAUGCUUGUUUUACAUCAAGCUGUGUGGCCCCACCAUGCCCUGGUACGUCAAGGCCAAGAACAUCAUCAUCAUCAUCAUGGGCAUAUCGUGCAGUGUUAUCAGUCUGUACUCAACCAUCAGAAAUUUGGUUGAUGGGAAGAAAUAGUCCUUGGAGCCUUGUUUGCAGUGAAAGGUCAGGUAUUCCACCAGCCAGCUGAUACCAGCUGCUGUGUUAUGGAGGUCCUCAAGUCUAUGUCUUUCACAGAUACUGAAUAAUUUCUAUUCAUAUUUUUUCAAAUACAGUAAACUUUACCUAUAAUGAAGCCAGAGGGACCACUGAUUUUAGUUUGUUACAACCCUGUUUUGUUAUAACCCUAUUUUACAACCCUAUUUGUUAUAACCCUAAUUUACAACCCUGUUUUGUUAUAACC